UCUUUAUCCACUCUCUCCUCUCUCGCACUCUAUAGCUUGAGCUGUGAAAUCUGGAGACAAACCCCGAAAAAAAAAAGGGAGUAGUUCUUCAUCUUCUUCGAUAAUUAUUCUUCGUCUAAUUGGGAAAUUUUGGAGCUUGGCGAACAUGCGGAAUGCGGAUCGGCUGGCCGACGAUUUGAUCGAGUCGGAUCUCAAGGAGCUUGGGAUCGCCGCGAAGAAGCUCGCCAACCAUGCCUUCAAGCUUGGCGGCGGCCUGGGCUUCGGCACCACCUUCCUCAAAUUCCUUGCCUCCGUAGCAGCAAUAUAUCUGUUGAUAUUAGACCGGACAAACUGGAGGACAAACAUGUUGACUACACUUUUAGUUCCUUAUAUUUUCCUGAGCUUGCCGUCUGUGCUGUUUUCUUUACUGAGGUGAUUAU